AUGCUGUCUCUCUCUGGACUCUGGUGCUACUGCCUCGUGCCCGGGAGAGCUCCUCUCCUCUGCCUCACUCCGGUGCUGCUUAUGCUGCUGCUGUCCUCCGCCUCUUCCUCCCCGGAGUCCUGCUCCCCGCGCACUCAGCCCUGCCACAUCCUCUCCCGGAUCGGAUACAGUGUGCGCAUGGGUGCGCUGCUGCCCACCCGGCAGCCCGCACGGAUACAGAACGCUCUGAACCGCGCCCUGGCCAGCCUCCGGCACCAGAGCGCGGGGUCCGACGCCUCCAGCGGGGCCACCACCACGUCGUCCCAGAGCCCCCCUCUGCUGCCCUAUAAUCUCACACUGGACAUGCUGGCCCGCAACCCCACCGGAGGAGACCCGGAGUCUCUGUCCCGGAGCACCUGUCAGGACCUGGUGGUGCGUGGGGUGUCCGCGGUGCUCGCGUUCCCCCGGAGCAAAGAGGAGCUCAUCCAGCUGGAGUUUUUGUCCUCGUUUCUGGAGAUCCCGUUCGUGUCCAUCCUGGAGGAUACAGAGCCCCUCAAGACCAAGAACCAGUUCCACCUGCAGAUGUCCGCCCGUGUGCCCCCCUCCACUCUGGGCAGCCUUCUGUUGGCCGUCCUGCAGGGAGGCGAGGAGGAGAGGGACCGGAGCGGGUGGGGCGGGGCAGCUGUGGUGUGCCCAGGCUGGGAGGAGGGGGGAGAGGGCGUACUGUCCCACCUCCAGAUGCACAGCGGCUCCAACUGGCACCUAUGGGACAUCAUCGACCUCACCCACAUCACGGGCGACGGCGAAAGGCGAGGAGAGGCCAGCGAGGAGACCAGGGAGGACCAGAGGGAAGAGGAAGCACUAAGGAUACUUUCUAGUCGUUUCCUUCAAUCCCAGUCUCCUAUCUCCUCCGUCCUCCUCCUCGGAUCUGACCCCGAAUGUCUCUCAUCUGUUUUACGCGCCGCCCAGCGUCUUUCACCCACUCUGCCGGCGCUGCAAUGGAUCAUGGGAUACCCUAUGUCCCCGGAUGCCCUACACACACUUGGAGGUCCUCUUGGACUUUUGGCCUAUGGGGAGGUGGGACGUAAGCCGCUUAGUUUCUACAUUAGGGACGCUCUGCAUUUGUUGAGUCGGGCUGUUACCGCGGCGACAAUGGUGAGGCCAGACCUAGCGCUGGUCCAGAGCAUGGUGAGCUGCUACGACAAACUCAGCCGACCUGAUAGACCCUCGUCAGGACCCUAUCUGGCCAGGUACUUGUCCAACACCUCGUUCACGGGGGCGACCGGUCUGAUCCAGGUGGAGCCCUCUCACUCGCGGGUGCUCUCCUCACAGCUCUUCCACGUCUGGAGCCUGAAGAGGGGCGCUCUGGGGCAGCCGGCCUGGGUCACCGUGGGACAGUGGACCCGUGGGACUCUGGAGCUGGAGAACGGCAUUCUGGGAUUGGUUGGCGGGUUCGGGAACAGCCAGGGCCAGGGUCUGGGAGCGGGGGUGAGAGGAGGGGAGGGGCAGAUGGAGGGCAUGGUGUGGGGGAGGUGGAGACCGGGCCUGUCUGUGGAGGGGCACCGUCUGAGGGUGGUCACACUAGUGGAGCACCCGUUUGUGUUCACGCGUGAGGUGGAUGAUGACGGCCAGUGUCCCGCGGGGCAGAUGUGUCUGGACCCAAGGACCAAUCGCAGUGAUGUCAUCAACAACAUAUUCAACCAGCUCCACAAUCCUAACUCCACCGCAGCCGAUUGGGACGGGCCUGACUUGCCAGAGGACGUGAGAAAGUGUUGCUACGGUUACUGCAUAGACCUGUUGGAGAAGCUGGCAGAGGACAUGGGGUUCACCUUUGACCUUUACAUCGUGGGGGACGGGAAGUACGGAGCUCUGAGCGGGGCCGGGCGCUGGACGGGGCUGGUGGGGGACCUGCUGAACGGAACAGCGGACAUGGCCGUGACCUCUUUCUCCAUCAACUCGCAGCGCAGCAGAGUCAUCGACUUCACCUCGCCAUUCUACUCCACCAGCCUGGGCAUCCUGGUGCGCAGUAAGGACACGGCGGCUCCCAUAGGUGCUUUCAUGUGGCCGCUGCACUGGUCCAUGUGGGUGGGCAUCUUCGUCACGCUGCACCUCACCGCGCUCUUCCUCACCCUGUACGAGUGGAACAGCCCGUUUGGCAUGACUCCCCACGGAAGGAACAGGCUGCGUGUCUUCUCCUACUCCUCCGCCCUCAACCUCUGCUAUGCCAUACUGUUUGGGCGGACAGUGGCCACCAAGACUCCCAAAUGUUGGACAGGUCGAUUCCUCAUGAACCUCUGGGCCAUCUUCUGCUUACUGGUGCUGUCGAGCUACACUGCAAACCUGGCCGCAGUCAUGGUGGGGGAGAAAACCUUCGAACAAGUCUCUGGUAUCCACGACGACAAGUUGCAGCACCCCUCCCUGGGCUUUCGCUUCGGGACAGUGAGGGAGAGCAGCGCUGAGGACUACAUGAAAAAGAGCUUCCCCGAAAUGCACGACUACAUGAGGCGCUUCAACCAGCCCACUACCCCGGAGGGCGUGCAUAUGCUAAAGACAGACCCCCCCCUGCUGGAUGCGUUCAUCAUGGACAAGGCCCUUCUGGAUUAUGAGGUCUCCAUCGACGCAGACUGUAAACUGCUGACUGUGGGAAAGCCCUUCGCUAUAGAAGGCUACGGUAUCGGACUGCCACAGGGCUCGCCGCUCACUCGAAACGUGUCAGAGUUCGUGAGUCGCUACAAGUCUGACGGAUUCAUGGACAUGCUCCACGACAAAUGGUACAAGGUGGUGCCCUGUGGGAAGAGAGUGUUCGCCGUGACAGAGACUCUGCAGAUGGGCAUCCAGCACUUCUCUGGCCUCUUCGUGUUGCUGUGUAUGGGCGUGGGCGGAGCCUUGUUGACCUUGGCGGGAGAGCACACCUUUUAUCACCUGAUCCUCCCCCGACUGCGCAGGGCAAAUACUCUGCAGUACUGGCUCCACACCAGCCAGAAAAUCCACCGGGCGCUGCACACCACAUACGAGGACGUGGGGAAGGAGCUGACAGGCUUUGAGGAGAAACCAUCCUCCUGCAUCUCAGAGAACUGCACCCUGCACAGGAAGCAGCACCAGGCCCCGCCCCCCUCGCCUCCGACAUCACUUCCUGCCUCGCUCACAGGGAUCGACACGGGCGCCUCCUCCUCCCCGUCUUUAGACCACAAGGAGAAACGCGUGCACUUUGACCUGGAAACGCUUCACAGCUACCGCCUCCGCACCCACACCGCCUCUGUCCGCGGCCGCCCGGGGAUGGUGGGCCGACCCGGGCUGGGCAUGGGCGGGCUUGGCCUGGGAAGCCUUACCGGAUUCGCGUCGCCCAGUCACAUUAGCCUCCAUGCUAACGGGGGUCCACCGUCAUCACUGGCCUCCACUGGUUUGGUCCUGUCUCCGUUGGGGGGCAGGACGGGUCAGGCCAGUCUAUGGGAAGGGGAGCUCCAGGAAUUGCAAGGGAAAAUUGAAACUUACCGAACCCAAUUACGAGAAGCUUUGGCCAGGCGAGCUGAGAUCCAGAACAGCAUUGAAAGAGAGAGGAGCGGCUUUGUACGAAGAGAUACGAGUUUGGAAAGACAGAGGAUACAAACUAUAAACACGGACAGGAGUAGCUCAAUCCAGCCGAAAAUUCCUGACCGGGAAAGGUCGAGCCAACUCCAAACUUUGAACAAUCAGCAGCAGGUGGCGGCAAGGGCUAACCAAUCAGGAGUGAGUUUGGAAGGAUGUGGCAGCCAGUUAAAUAACAGUUUGGACAGAGGGCGAUCCAAUGAGGUGCGCUCUGUGAACACGCUAACAGGGGAGAGGACUGUCCAGUCGCGUACUUCCACCAGUUUGGAGCGUAACCGUGGAAACCAACAGGGAAUGGUCCAAUCACGAAACACUUCCAGCCUGGACAGACAGAAGGCUAACCUGACACGAGCGCUCAACACUGUGGACAGGACCAACACAAACCCGCCCACUGUGAACCGGACCUGAGCGGAGCACGAGACUGGAGAGGGCUGCCAGCUGUGGGAAGCAGAAAACAGCAAACAUUCUAAUUGUGUUUUUCUCCAAGUUUAACCAUCUUAUAUUUACUCUGGGCUUUUGGGGUUUUUGUGAGUCAUGGGAGCUCAUUUAACUCUAACAGCAGUUGAUAAUAAGGUAUUUUAUGGUUCAGAUCUGUGAGAAUUGUGAGAAUUAUUUGGUUUGGUUGUUAGUAAACAAUACACACAUUUGCCCAUAUUUAUAUAUAUAUAUUUUUUUAAUUGCCUGAGAGAAUUGGAUUAGAUCAAGGAUCAUCUCUUUAAAGUUAGAGUAUGUAGCCUGCGCUCUUGGUGGUAUAAAAAUAUUCUACACAACUGAACCUGGGUUGCCAGUGCCUUGACCUGCAUAUUGAGGACAAAUUGUUGUUGUUCUCAUUCUCAGUAUAAGGACAGACCAUGUGAAAGCUCAGAACCUCCAGACUAGCACUGAUUUAUGAUUGGCUGCAAGUGCUGGGGUUCAGUUAGUGACCAGUUCAGAUCAGAAAGAGACAUUUUAGGUUUAAACACACUGGAUUUCAGCUGUGAAACUGGCAACCUAGAUGAGAGACUCAUGUGAGGCUCUUUGUGCUUUCUGAUUGGAUAAUUGCCUUGCGAGCCCAAACAUUAAAUUAGGCUCUAACCUAAAUAAACAGGACAUCUUAUCCAUUGUUUUUGUGAUUAGGAAUAAAAUAACAUCACAAUUUUUCUCAGUAAAAACUAUAUUUGAUUUGAACAUGUUUACCUCGUGUCUAAGGACACAGAUAGGUCUUGUUUAUGGAAUGUAAAAUAACGAUUCUGCAAAGUCUCCCUUUAAGUGUCACUCUGAGGUUACUCACACUGGACUCUUCUUAUCACUUGAUUUUAAAUGUAUUUUACUGUUACAUAAUGAAAGUGAACUACAGAUUGACUUCACAAAACUUUCUUCUGUUGCCACUAGAGGGUGCUGCGCCUCUGCUUCCCACAGCUCGUCCAGACAGGAGAGUCUGUUUUUUAGGAUCUCGGAGGAAAGCAAGGUUAUGCAUUUCUUUACAGACUGACUGAAGCUACCUUUGGCCUGAAUGAAGAGAAUAGUACUUUUUGAAUUUCUACACAAAGCAAUGCGAGUGUAUCAUACAGGUCUAAUACUGUAUGUGGCUGGAUCCAUGGAUUAGUGUCAAACUGUGGUGUGCAGUGCCGUGUUCACAUGGUGUCUACGAAGAACACAUAUUUUACUGAGAAAGAGCUUGUGGUACUGGAAUAU